GAACCGAUAAAGUCCCGGGCUCCACAGCUUCACUUGGAAUAUAGAUUUUAUAAACAGUUGGGAAGUUCAGGUAAGCACAUACAGCUACAGUAUUAUAACUGUUUAAUAGCACUGUGUUAGCUAGUAGGCUCAGCUGGAUGGAUGGAGAUCUUCUCUGCACACGUAGCUGGGAGAUGUGAAAGCCCUGUCCCCCUCCUACAGAUGGUUGGUCGAUAGCAGGCCCAGGCCAAUCAUGCCAUAGCUAUGUGCUCUCUCUGUGCUGUGAUCCGUGGGGCUGUGCUGUGCUGUACCUCCAGCCCUUUGAUGUGGCCGCUUGGCUUCAGAGGGGAGAGGUGGGGCAGUAGGAUCAGGUGGUGGGGAGGGACAGGGACCUGGAACAGGCCACAGCACAGCUUGGCCAGCCUGGCAUGCUUAGUGUUUGAUCCUCUCACUGCUUAAUUCUUUCAUUGAAAAAUAUGUCUCUGACAUUAGACCACUGCUUUUUUUAGCCAAAGUGAUGAGUACUGUACUUUUCAUCAUUAGUUAGUUCAAGUCACUUUCUAUGAGCGUUUGAUCUGUUAAGAAAACAACUGGUGAAUAUAUUGUAUUUAUGGUACAUAAAUAGAUUGUAUUGUAUUUGAGGGUAGGUAGGGACAAGCUGACCACUUGUAUUCUAAUUACACUAAAUGUGACUGAGGACACUCGUCUUUGAUCCUUUUGGCUUUUAAAUGAAAAAGAUGAACAGCUUGGGCAAAGCCUGUGCAUCCAUUUGAUCACUGGAGUGGAAGGCCACACACACGCACUCUAAGACGAGUGUGUGUGUGUGUGUGUGUGUAUGUCACUGCGCCCAGUGAUGUUCUCUUUCAUAAGACAAGUGUGUGUCUCUUUCUCUCUCGUAGAGAGCUGAUCACCUGCCAGCUUGCUCUCUGUCCCUGUGCCAGAGCAACAGCUCCACAGUGUUAAUAGGGAGUUGGAGCUCAGGGCAUUAGAGGUGGCCUAGGCUAGUCUAUUUAUAGAUGGCCUUCAAUGUGCAGUAGGGCCAUUAUCAUAUAUCUACUUCCAUCGCUCGUCUCGGCAAUGCCUCUGCCUGCCUGAAGAAGAAAGCCCAGGGAAACUCUCCCAUGAUGUACAGGGAAAAGGGCUGGCCUAUCUCUGUCUGUCAGCUAUCCUUUGUUGUGAUCUAACUGACUGGGCCAGUAGUUGUAUUCCCAAUCCCAGGCAGCACAGCAUAGCACAAUGUAGUAUUUAGCUGCCUUACACCUAUUUGGGAACAGAGUCGAUUGAAGUCGCUUGUGGAUCCUCAUCCAUUCAUUGAAUAGUGAGUCUUUAUCCCCACUCCUUGGGCCAGCCCGUUGAAGGAGUCCAGGCAGCAGCCCCUCUGUAGUGUUUCCACUGAUGCGUUAUACACAUCCUGACUUCCCUCUUCUGGCCACUGUGGCAGAGGGACCACCAGAGAAAGGCCUGCUACAAUCUCAUAGGCUAAGCUAAAUAUGGAGCCAGUGACAAUGUUGGUCCAGCUUCCCUCCCAUUAUAGAAUGGAGGGGGAAAAGUGUUCCUCUUACUGGUUGCUACAUCCAUUGAAAAAUGAAUGUGUGGAGUAGUGAGGAAUUAUCAAAGUCUUCUUUCUGCUGCUGAUUCUUCUGUAAAAAUUAUUCUGAAUGGUACCGAUGGAUACAGGCAUGUAGUCCUUUUACAAUAUGAAUGUGACAUAACGUAAGCCAGGGUCAAGCCCUGGUCUGAACCUGGACUCCACGGCCACAAAUACUGGAGCGGUGUCAGCUGUACAUGGUGCUUAAGAGGAGCUUAUCUAAAGAGUGUUAAUUCUCUCCUGCCCUGGAAAGCACCCAAUCACUAGAACAACACAUUCAGUUACACACACUAGCUGGCCUGGCCACGCCCCAACCCCACCAUUAACCACUGAGCAUGGAGUGUCUAACUGAGACAUCAUCCACUUUUUAUGUCACUAUCAAUAAUUUAAAUGAAUGACUGGUUGACUGAGCUCACACAGUCCUGAUAGCAUGUUCUUCUCUUAUGAAAGCACUGCACGUGACCUGUCUCCUUAUGAGAUAAUUAAAAUGUCACUGAUAAUAUCAGUGCAUGUGAAUAUUUAGUAACCCAUCAUCAAGGCUUUGCCUUAAAGCAUUACCUGCUCUUACACAAGUUGUGUGUGUGUGUGUGUGUGUGUCCUUAUACCAUGCCCACAGCCCUGGUAUCUUGGGAGUGAUAAAUCAAUCAGAGUUUGAAGUGAUCGUCUGUGGUCCAUCCAGUCCUGAGCAGUCUGGAUAUUUCAUGCGCUGCCUGCCUGGGAUGGAUAACAUAACCUACCACUGAGUCACGCAGGCUCUAUGCAGGGCAGGCCGGCUGGACGAUCACGUUUCAGCCCGGCUACAUCGCCACAGCGCUGACCGCCCGCCCGGCCUAAUGGAAUCAGCGCUUUCUUUUCUCUCCCCGAUGCACUCGGCAUUCUAAAUGUUUAAUUGAGACCGCCUCCCUCUCGGGCUCGGCCUAAACUUUGACAUUUCAUUGUAGGGCAACGUUGUCUGCCACAGUGUCCAGACUGAGAGGGGCCCCUGUCUUAGACAAUACUCUGGAUUGUUCUCGACACAUUUCACUUGUGUUUGGAGAGAGUGGGUCGUGAGCAGUGCACAGAAUGGCACUGGAAGGCAGCAGAAUAGACUUUGAAGAUAUUGGUGCUGCGGACAGCAGCCAAUUAUAUCUGUUGUCAUAAAUCACGAUAAAGAAUUGUUUCUAGGAAACCACUCGCCCCUUGCAAAAGUGCUUUUAUUACAGGCGUGAUUGGCGAGGGUUAUUUUUACACCGGAAUAACAUCAUCCACAUAAUAUUUAGCAAAUAUGAUUAGGUCUAGCUUUAGUAAAGGAUAAAAUCAUUAUCUUUUUCAAUGGUUUCUCUGAAAUGGACAUUUAUUCUUUCCAUUUCAGUUAAAGCUUUUCCCCAGCUGUUAUCCUUGUUUUGUUUACAGCUCUAGAGUUCCCCAGUAGGGAGUACUGUAGGUGUAGUCAGGGACAGUUGUUCUAGCGUAGCCACUUUCCUGUUGAUUAAUGCAUUGGUCGGGCUGCUGAAUGCCCUCCCUCCAGAUUUGGGCAGGCUUUGAUGAGUCAGCUUCCUUGUUGAUCUCUUGUAGCUGCCGCCUUGUCCGCCAUCACCAUCAUUACCAGGUAAAUCCUGCUGUCUAAAGCGCCCCGGGACAGCUGUGUGGCUGUGUGAGAUCUGCACUGCUUUGCUGUGGGAGUGACAUGAGGGGUGAUCAGGUAAAUCCUGCUCUAAUCCCUCCCCUCCUCCUCACACACACACACAGCCUCCAGGCCAGCCUGCAGUACCACUAAAGCUGCUGAUCCUCUCCUCUCUCUGACGGGGUUGGGGUGCCCUCGGGGCGACAGCCGCCUGCCGGGAGGGGAGCAUGCAGUCACUUUGGCACAACUGCCAGCCAAGGAAUGGAAUGAAGGCCACUGGCGUCAGAUACUGAUCUGAACUGGUGAGGCAUAACCUGGAGCUGUAUGUAUCCUUGGCGGCUGGACCAUAAGGUCAUGGUGGCCAUGGGGUCACAAAUGGCCAUUGCCCUUUGUUCUAUUCCACAUUGGGAAAAUAGUUACUGUUAAACUGGAAGUCUCCUCUUCAGAGAGAAUUUUUACUGUGAUGAUAAACUCCUAAAUUCCUCCUAGGUCACACAUACUACAUUACCAAAAGUAUGUGGACACCUGCUCGUCGAACAUCUCAUUCCAAAAUCAAAAUCCUGGGCAUUAAUAUGGAGUUGGUCCCCCUUUGCUGCUAUAACAGCCUCCAGCCUCCACCAAACUUUACAGUUGGCACUAUGCAUUCGGGCAGGUAGCGUUCUCCUGGCAUUCACCAAACCCAGAUUUGUCCAUUGGACUGCCAGAUGGUGAAGCGUGAUUCAUCACUCCAGAGAACACGUUUCCACUGCUCCAGAGUUCAAUGGCGGCGAGCUUUACACCACUCCUGCCGACGCUUGGCACUGUGCAUGGUGAUCUUAGGCUUGUGUGUGGCUGCUCGGCAAUGGAAACUCAUUUCAUGAAGCUCCCAACGAACAGCUCUUGUGCUGACGUUGCUUCCAGAGGCAGUUUGGAACUCGGUAGUGAGUGUUGCAACCAAGGACAGACGAUUUUUGAUGAACUGACUUGUCGGAAAGGUGGCAUCCUAUGGCGGUGCCAAGUUGAAAGUCACUGAGCUCUUCAGAAAGGCCAUUCUACUGCCAAUGUUUAUCUAUGGAGAUUGCAUGGCUGUGUGCUCGAUUUUAUACACCUGUCAGCAGCAGGUGUGGCUGAAAUAGCCGAAUCCACUAAUUUUAAGGGGUGUCCAUAUACUUUUGUAUAUAUAGUGUAUGACCACAUGACAGAGUGUGUUGGCAAACAGUUUUUUCCAACACAAGGCAUCAACGUUGACACGUUUUUGUUUACCAUCCAUGUUGUUCUAAUCUAAACCGCCUUCCCACACACGUAGGCUGCUCAAUAUCAACAUGCCUCUGUAGCCUGAUUCAUGUCAGCAAAUCAAAGCCCUAGUACCCUUCUUUAGCUACCACCUUUCAUGCAUCCAUAGUCCCUCAGCCUCUAAGGUUUUUUAGAAGGGACUAAUGCUUUUAAUGCUUUUAGAAUAUCUGUGUCUCUUAUGAUGCUAAAACAGAUGGUUAGUAACUAAAGCCUUUUUAAACCUUUAGGAUACUAGCAUGCUCCCGGUAAAUUGUGUGGUCCCGCUCAUAUAUCAUGAGUCCAUGCCUGUCUCUGUGUUGCAGAGGGUAUUCCUCAGGUGUACUACUUUGGGCCGUGUGGGAAGUACAAUGCCAUGGUGCUGGAGCUGCUAGGGCCCAGCCUGGAAGACCUGUUUGAUCUCUGCGACCGCACCUUCUCCCUCAAGACUGUCCUCAUGAUAGCCAUACAGCUGGUAAGAUUUUAAUUGUUGUUUUACGUAAGUGUCUUACACACAGGUGCCCAACCCAUAGUUUAUAAGACUACUCUAUGAUGUCAGUUAUCUCUAUAGUCUAUAGAUGUGUUGAUGGCUCAUAAAGGUUUACAGUGUUUGCAUUUGAAAAGUGCACUGAGAGAGUUUGAGAUCUUAGCUUGUCUACAUGCUCUGUGCUCUGCCUCCCAGAUAACGCGGAUGGAGUUUGUCCACACGAAGAGCUUGAUAUACAGGGACGUCAAGCCAGAAAACUUUUUGGUGGGGCGGCCGGGCAGCAAGAGGCAGCACACAAUCCACAUUAUCGACUUCGGGCUGGCCAAAGAAUACAUCGACCCAGAGACCAAAAAACACAUCCCUUACCGGGAGCACAAGAGCCUGACAGGCACGGCACGCUACAUGAGCAUCAACACACACCUGGGGAAGGGUGAGAAAUAAUAAUGAAGACACAUGCUGCUGUGUUAUUGGAAAGAUGGACCUUUUCUUUCCUAAUCCUGUGAACCUGUCCUGGGCUGAAGUUGAUUAGCAAGUUUUCCAUUAUGUUCAGUAAGGGCCGAAUCCCAACUUGAGAUCUGUACACAUAUCUGUACACAUAACUUCCAUAAUGUAGAUAGAUCAUGCAUUGAUUAAUGCAUUUGAGGUUUUCACAUUAGGACAUCAGCCUUAUGGUGUCAUAUAUAGUGGUGGAUAACUGUGUGAGUAACAAACUCUUCUUCUGCUCUCAUCCAGAGCAAAGCAGGCGGGAUGAUCUGGAGGCUCUGGGUCACAUGUUUAUGUACUUCCUGCGAGGCAGCCUUCCCUGGCAAGGCCUGAAGGUAUACAGUUUCAUGAUAUCUACAUGACCUCAGACACACAUACCCUGUCGCUUAGCCCCCCAGCGCAAAGUAACUUAUUUCAUUCAAGACCCAAGUGACAUUUCAAGGCCUCAGACUCUAGAAAGUGUUUACAGUAUUUAGGGAAGAGGAAGACAUGCUAGGGGAAAAUACUAUGUAAAUAGUGUUGUAACCAAACACAGAAAGGAUUUUCACCUCUGAGAUUUUAAUCGUCUCUGUGUAGUUGGAUUAAUAAUGGAAAAAAAUAUUCAUGAAAUACGAUUCUACAUUUUCUGUUUUAUUUCUAUCAUUGUGCAAUCUAUACCGGAUACCACCGUUUAGCUCAUACCUUUUGGUCUCUGCAGUUUUUAAUAGAUGUAAAUGGCAUCUUAUUAUAUCAACAUAAGUCACUCCCACACUUUCCCCUUUGAGGUCCUCUCCACCCAGGCUAGUGUCAAGAAGAGGUCCUGUGUGGCAGUGUAUAGCUAGCAAACUGUAGAAUAUCAUGGUAGAACUUCAUAACAGCUUCAUAUCGAUGGGAUGACUCAAGAUAUAAAAUGGCUUACAAGAGGAUUUGGAUGUGGAUGCGAACUAAGACACUUUAAUGUUCUACAUGUGUGAACAUUAUUCCCAUUCAAUUACACUACCUCCAGCUAUGUAUUACCCCAAACUUGGUAUUAUAUUGUGCAUUCUGCAAAGCUGUAGUUUUUCGACUCUACUGUGCUGUGUGGGAAUUAAAGCUAAAUACGUAGGAGAAUAAUUGUUGUACUGUCUGUUGAUUCCAGGCGGACACGUUGAAGGAGAGGUAUCAGAAGAUUGGAGAUACCAAGCGAGCUACGCCAAUUGAAGUGCUUUGUGAAAGCUUCCCCGGUCAGUACCACCAUUUUGAUUUGAUUGGUUUCAUUUGGAAUUUCCAUUACUCCUUUUUGUUUAGGUCUAGUUCUAGAUCAGUUUAUGCAAAUGAAAUAAUUGUGUGCCUUUGUCCUUUGCUGCAGAAGAGAUGGCCACCUAUCUGCGCUACGUGAGGAGGCUGGACUUCUUUGAGAAACCUGAUUACGACUACUUACGGAAACUCUUCACUGACCUCUUCGAUAGGAACGGCUACGUCUUUGAUUAUGAAUACGACUGGGUCGGCAAGCCACUCGUGAGUCUCCUUCAUCACUUGCUUCUUCUCCCUAUUCAAAGUUUUUAGUGGACCACUUGACCCCUCUAUCUGAAGAUUUUCAUUUGUCUAUUUCUGUAAAUAAUCAGACUGUAUCAAAAUUGAGAUUUCCUGUGAUGUCUCAGUGGUUCAAGGGCCUAUUUCUUCCCGUGUCAUAUUCAUAUCUUCAUGUUGUGGUCGGUGUAAAGUAUUUUCCCCCACGAUUUUUAUGUCCUAGAUAAAAUGCUGUGUCAUUCUGUUCCCAACCAUAGCCCACACCGAUAGGCCCUAUCCCCAGUGACACACCCGCUCAGCCCAGCAGAGACAAAGCACAACAGCAGACCAAAAACCAGGUGAGCUUACCGCCGCCUGCCACACCCACCCACCCACCUCGUCAGUCAAGUUCCCCCUUGUCUCAGAGGCAACUGCCAAACCUCCUGUCCUACUCUCAGCUUCCUCAGGAAUAUGGCCUCUUUUACAAUGUUACCUUUAUUCUCUCCAACUCUUCAAAUUACUCUUUACUCUGUUGUUGCUAUUGAACAAGAAUGAUUGGGAACUGAUGACCCUAUUAUAAUUGUAGUUAAAUGUUGUAGCAUCAUCUUUGAAAGUUGAACUGUUUUAGAGUUGGAGGGUUUUGUCUUCAACCUUCCUCCUUAAGAACUAGUCAUUGCAUUGCAAAAUGCAGUGCAUUGUUCACAUCAGCAAUGACAAAGCUGUUUGCUUAAUGUGUGGCAAAAUUGCAUGCCUUCUUUUCCUUUGCUUGUUCUAUCAGCAUGCUAUUUGAGCCUUGAUCCUACUACACUGUCAUAAACAUGACACAUCAACCUUUUUAGACUUUAUUAGCCUUUUUCAAUAUUUUUCUCUAAGGCAAAGCGCAUAAGGUUUUAUAAUUGCCCUUUGCUGUGUACUCGCGGCUGUAAUUAUGGCUCUCCAGUACAAUGUAAUGAGUAUCAUCAUUUAUGAACAUAAACAGGCAACACGUUGCAUAGUACAAACAAUCACAGAGUUUAUUGCAGAAACCAGGAAUAGAGUCACAACAAUGAUUAGCUAAUUCAGUCAGACCAAUAGACAGGAGACUGCUGCGGGCUGGAAGAAAAUAUAGAUUUUGGAAUAAAAGACAAGAUGCUUAGUGUUUCCGAUCAAGGCUGUUUUCACUCCUGCAUGAAUCAGUGGGCUCUGCUUUGUUUUGCUCUAUUUUCCUUCUGUUAACAUAGUCUGUUUUAACAAGCUUCUUCUUGUGAGAUGUCUUUUGUGUUUAUUUUCGUUUGUUGGUUUUUGUUGACUUUUUUUCCCCCAUUCACUCCCCGUUCCCACUUUCCCAUCACCACCACACUACCUUCCACCUCUUCACUCCUGACCCCCAUAACCCGCUUCCCCUCCCCCCUGUGCUCUUUGCGUCAGUCUCCUGAGCCCAAAGGAGAUGAGUCUCAGCGUCAGCCCUCUCCAAUGACCAAUAAGGAGACACUGGGGUCGCAUCUCACGGCCGAAAGGCUGGGAGGCUCUGUCCAGGUACUGCUUGCUGCGCAUGGUGCUGCAUGACCGUCUGUCCACCCCAGCUUUCUCUCUCUCUGCCUCUCUCUCUAUGUAUCUAUCUAUCUAUCUGUCAGUCUACAGUUGAAGUCGGAAGUUUACAUACACCUUAGCUAAAUACAUUUAAACUCAGUUUUUCACAAUUCCUGACAUUUAAUCCUAGUAAGAAUUCCCUGUCUAGGUCAGUUAGGAUAACAAUUUAUUUUAAGAAUGUGAAAUGUCAGAAUAAUAGUAGAGAGAAUAAUUUAUUACAGCUUUUAUUUCUUUCAUCACAUUCCCAGUGGGUCAGAAGUUUACAUAUACUCAAUUAGUAUUUGGUAGCAUUGCCUUUAAAUUGUUGAACUUGGGUCAAACGUUUCGGGUAGCCUUCCACAAGCUUCCCACAAUAAGUUGGGUGAAUUUUGGCCCAUUCCUCCUGACAGAGCUGGUGUAACUGAGUCAGGUUUGUAGGCAUCCUUGCUCGCACACGCCUUUUCAGUUCUGCACACACAUUUUCUAUAGGAUUGAGGUCAGGGCUUUGUGAUGGCCACUCCAAUACCUUGACUUUGUUGUCCUUAAGCCAUUUUGCCACAACUUUGGAAGUAUGCUUGGGGUCAUUGUUCAUUUGGAAGACCCAUUUGCGACCAAGCUUUAACUUCCUGACUGAUGUCUUGAGAUGUUGCUUCAAUAUAUCCACAUAAUAUUCUUUCCUCAUGAUGCCAUCUAUUUUGUGAAGUGCACAAGGCCCUCCUGCAGCAAAGCACCCCCACAGCAUGAUGCUGCCACCCCAGUGCUUCACGGUUGGGAUGGUGUUCUUUGGCUUGCAAGCACCCCCUUUUUCCUCCAAAAAUAAUGAUGGUCAUUAUGGCCAAACAGUUCUAUUUUUAUUUCAUCAGACCAGAGGACAUUUCUCCAAAAAGUACGAUCUUUGUCUCCAUGUGCAGUUGCAAACCGUAGUCUUGCUUUUUUAUGGCGGUUUUGGAACAGUGGCUUCUUCCUUGCUGAGCGGCCUUUCAGGUUAUGUCGAUAUAGGACUUGUUUUACUGUGGAUAUAGAUACAUUUGUACCUGUUUCCUCCAGCAUCUUCACAAGGUCCUUUGCUGUUGUUCUGGGAUUGAUUUGCACUUUUCUCACCAAAGUACGUUAAUCUCUAGGAGACAGAACGUGUCUCCUUCCUGAGCGGUAUGACGGCUGCGUGGUCCCAUGGUGUUUAUACUUGUGUACUAUUGUUUGUACAGAUGAACGUGGUACCUUCAGGCAUUUGGAAAUUGCUCCCAAGGAUGAACCAGUCUUGUGGAGGUCUACAAUUUUUUUUCUGAGGUCUUGGCUGGUUUCUUUUGAUUUUCCCAUGAUGUCAAGCAAAGAGGCACUGGGUUUGAAGGUAGGCCUUGAAAUACAUCCACAGGUACACCUCCAAUUGACUCAAAUGAUGUCAAUUAGCCUAUCAGAAGCUUCUAAAGCCAUGACAUCAUUUUCUGGAAUUUUCCAAGCUGUUUAAAGGCACAGUCAACUGAUAUUGGACCAUAAACAGAUAUGACUCAUUAACCUUUACGAACCAAAUAAUGAUGAUCCACACUUCUUUGACAAUAUAUAUAAUAAAUUAUCAACUCUGCAAGCAAUUCAAGACUCUAUUAUUAUGGUGGGAGAUUAUAAUACCGUUUUAAAUAGCUCAAUGGAGCGUAAAGGAAAUCACACUACAAACAAUCACCCUCAUGCUCUUAAGGAAAUCGUGAAUGUCAUGGAUACAUUAGAACUAGUAGAUAUAUGGAGGCUUAAAUAUCCUGAUCUAGUGAGAUAUACAUGGCGGAGACUCAAAUCAAGCUAGUCGUCUUGACUUCUUUCUUAUGUCAUUCUCGUUGGCACCAAAAGUUUAAAAAGUGUUGAUAGGGGACAGAAUGUGGUCGGACCAUCAUAUUAUUGGCAUAUACCUUACUCUUACUGAAUUUCCAUGUGGGCGAGGAUAUUGGAAAUUUAAUCAAAGCCUAUUGGAUGAUAACUUGUUUUUAACUAGGACAGAGGAAUUUAUAACUGAUUUUUUACGACAUAACAUAGGUACAGCAAAUCCCCUUAUUGUAUGGGACACCUUUAAAUGUGCCUUUAGAGGCCAUGCAAUUCAGUACUCAUCUCGAAAACAAAAGCAAUUUAGGUCAAAAGAGACCACACUAACAAAGGAAAUAGAAGGUCUAACAGAACAGAUAGAUAGCAAUAAAAACUAUAACAUAGAGGCUCAGAAUAAAUUAGAGGAAAAACAAAAAGAAAUUGAGAAAAUUAUUCAAGAAAGAUCAAGUGUAAUAUAUUAUCAAAAUAAAGCAAACUGGAUGGAAUAUGGGGAGAAAUGCACCAAAUUCUGUUUUUAAUCUUCAACAUAGGAAUGCUACCAAAAAUAAUUUAUUGAAACUGGUUACAAAUGACGGAGUCACCCAUGAUUCACCAAAUUAUAUUUUGAAGGAGGAAACAAAAGUACUUUAAGCAUAUGUUUUUAUACAGAAAUUAUUAAAUAUUAAAGCAUUAGACCUAUCACUAAAAGCUUCAGUCAUACAAAAGUUAUACUUAAAUCCGAACUGGUUCUCUAGCAAAUUAGUAAGAUUGUCUCACCCAAUGUUCAAGAAUGGCCUUUUUCCCUUUAUUCAGAUUACAACCUCUCACUUUCAGUUAUUUGAAAAGGAAAUAAUCUCCCAAAUAUCACUAUUUCUAAAACAAGCCAUAGAAAGUUGGUUGCGAUUUCAAUUUAAUCCUCCAGAAACGACAGAACAAAUAAUGCAACAACUAUUGUGGUUAAACUCAACUAUACUAAUUGAUAAAAAACAUUAUUUUUUGAAAUAAUCUUUAAAAAAUGAAUAAUCUUCGUAAAUGAUAUCAUAGGUAGGUCGGGUGGAGUUAUGUCGCACAUGCAGCUAACAAAAACAUGGAAAUUGCUGCUCUACCCAAAAUUACAACCAAAUAAUUGCAGCAUUACCGCAAAAAUGGAAAAGGAAAGUGGAAGGGUGAAAAAGUAAGGAACUUGUCUGUCGGCCUUGCAUUAAAGAAUAUAAUUGGUUAAAGAAAAUUGUGAUAAAUAAAAAAGUAUACCAGUUUCAUUUAAGGACCAAAGGAUUGACAGCCAUCCCAUAUAGAUUGCAAAAUAGUUGGGAAGAGAUUUUUGACGUACCGAUUCCAUGGCAUAGUGUUUAUGAAUUGAUACGCAAAACGACGCCGGAUUCAAAACUUUGAAUUUUUCAAUUAAAAUUAUUAUAUAAAAUUCUUGCUACCAAUAGAAUGUUAUUUAUAUGGAGGAUACAAUCUUCCUAGCUCUGCAGAUUUUGCUGCGAAGAGACAGAAUCAUUAGAUCAUUUGUUUUGGUACUGUCCAUUUGUAGCUUGUUUUUGGACUCAGGUCCAGGAAUGGCUAAAGGAUUGCAAUAUUUACCUAGAGCUAACCCUGCAGAUAGCACUACUGGGUGAUCUGAAAAGUAAUAGUCAAUCGAUCAAUAAUAUAAUAAUACUUUUAGCAAAAAUGUUUAUUUUCAAUUUACGAUCUGUAGAAACAAUGAGAAUAGAAAGGUUCAGAACUUUUGUAAAACAUCACAGUACAGUUGAAAAAUAUAUGGCAAAUAGAAAUCCAAUAUGGAUGGUGUUAAGAGAUAGAUGGGAGGUGUUGAAUGGAGCUGAAGGAAAGGACUAAUAACAACAACUAAUAACAACAAGAUAACUAAUGUAAAGCAUACUGUGUCCAUAAUAAGUAUAUACGUUAUAGGUUGAGAGCUUUUGUGAAAGAGCACAGUUAGAAAAAUAUGGCAUAUAGAAGCAAACCAGAUGGACAUCAUGAAAAUGAUUGGAGGAAGUUCAGGAGUAAAAACAAACAAAAUAUAAUUAUUGUUGAAUUUGACUGUGUCCAUAAAAUGUAUAUAGUAUGUAUGGGCUGGAAGUAGAGGCCUAAGCGUUGGUGUUCACUCCUUUACUCCAAUUGGGGAAGGGGUGGUGGGGUUGGAAAGUAAUUAAAGGAAUUUUAAUUUUAAAAAGUAUAUGUGUGUGUGUAUGGAUGUAUGUAUAUAUGUAUGUACAGUGGGGAGAACAAGUAUUUGAUACACUGCCGAUUUUGCAGGUUUUCCUACUUACAAACAACGUAGAGGUCUGUAAUUUUUAUCAUAGGUACACUUCAACUGUGAGAGACGGAAUCUAAAACAAAAAUCUAGAAAAUCACAUUGUAUGAUUUUUAAGUAAUUAAUUUGCAUUUUAUUGCAUGACAUAAGUAUUUGAUACAUCAGAAAAGCAGAACUUAAUAUUUGGUACAGAAACCUUUGUUUGCAAUUACAGAGAUCAUACGUUUCCUGUAGGCUCUGUCGCAGCCGGCCGCGACCGGGAGACUCAUGGGCGGCGCACAAUUGGCCCAGCGUCGUCUAGGGUAGGGGAGGGAAUGGCCGGCAGGGAUGUAGCUCAGUUGAUAGAGCAUGGCGUUUGCAACGCCAGGGUUGUGGGUUUGUUUCCCACGGGGGGCCAGUAUAAAAAAAUAAUAAUAAUGUAAUCACUAACUGUAAGUCGCUCUGGAUAAGAGCGUCUGCUAAAUGACUAAAAUGUAAAUGUAAAUGUCUUGACCAGGUUUGCACACACUGCAGCAGGGAUUUUGGCCCACUCCUCCAUACAGACCUUCUCCAGAUCUUUCAGGUUUCGGGGCUGUAACUGGGCGCUGCAGGAUUUUAAUCCAUGACGGCGUAGUGUGUUACUAAUGGUUUUCUUUGAGACUGUGGUCCCAGCUCUCUUCAGGUCAUUAAUGUGAUUUUCUGGAUUUUUGUUUAAGAUUCCGUCUCUCACAGUUGAAGUGUACAUAUGCUAAAAAUUACAGACCUCUACAUGCUUUGUAAGUAGGAAAACCUGCAAAAUCGGCAGUGUAUCAAAUACUUGUUCUCCCCACUGUAUGUGAUGAUAUACACAUACAUACAGUGGGGGGAAAAAAGUAUUUAGUCAGCCACCAAUUGUGCAAGUUUUCCUACUUAAAAAGAUGAGAGAGGCCUGUAAUUUUCAUCAUAGGUACACGUCAACUAUGACAGACAAAAUGAGAGAAAAAAAUCAAGAAAAUCACAUUGUAGGAUUUUUUAUGAAUUUAUUUGCAAAUUAUGGUGGAAAAUAAGUAUUUGGUCAAUAACAAAAGUUUCUCAAUACUUUGUUAUAUACCCUUUGUUGGCAAUGACACAGGUCAAACGUUUUCUGUAAGUCUUCACAAGGUUUUCACACACUGUUGCUGGUAUUUUGGCCCAUUCCUCCAUGCAGAUCUCCUCUAGAGCAGUGAUGUUUUGUGGCUGUCGCUGGGCAACACGGACUUUCAACUCCCUCCAAAGAUUUUCUAUGGGGUUGAGAUCUGGAGACUGGCUAGGCCACUCCAGGACCUUGAAAUGCUUCUUACGAAGCCACUCCUUCGUUGCCCGGGCAGUGUGUUUGGGAUCAUUGUCAUGCUGAAAGACCCAGCCACGUUUCAUCUUCAAUGCCCUUGCUGAUGGAAGGAGGUUUUCACUCAAAAUCUCACGAUACAUGGCCCCAUUCAUUCUUUCCUUUACACGGAUCAGUCGUCCUGGUCCCUUUGCAGAAAAACAGCCCCAAAGCAUGAUGUUUCCACCCCCAUGCUUCACAGUAGGUAUGGUGUUCUUCGGAUGCAACUCAGCAUUCUUUGUCCUCCAAACACGACGAGUUGAGUUUUUACCAAAAAGUUCUAUUUUGGUUUCAUCUGACCAUAUGACAUUCUCCCAAUCCUCUUCUGGAUCAUCCAAAUGCACUCUAGCAAACUUCAGACGGGCCUGGACAUGUACUGGCUUAAGCAGGGGGACACGUCUGGCACUGCAGGAUUUGAGUCCCUGGCGGCGUAGUGUGUUACUGAUGGUAGGCUUUGUUACUUUGGUCCCAGCUCUCUGCAGGUCAUUCACUAGGUCCCCCCGUGUGGUUCUGGGAUUUUUGCUCACCGUUCUUGUGAUCAUUUUGACCCCACGGGGUGAGAUCUUGCGUGGAGCCCCAGAUCGAGGGAGAUUAUCAGUGGUCUUGUAUGUCUUCCAUUUCCUAAUAGUUGCUCCCACAGUUGAUUUCUUCAAACCAAGCUGCUUACCUAUUGCAGAUUCAGUCUUCCCAGCCUGGUGCAGGUCUACAAUCAAUUUUGUUUCUGGUGUCCUUUGACAGCUCUUUGGUCUUGGCCAUAGUGGAGUUUGGAGUGUGACUGUUUGAGGUUGUGGACAGGUGUCUUUUAUACUGAUAACAAGUUCAAACAGGUGCCAUUAAUACAGGUAACGAGUGGAGGACAGAGGAGCCUCUUAAAGAAGAAGUUACAGGUCUGUGAGAGCCAGAAAUCUUGCUUGUUUGUAGGUGACCAAAUACUUAUUUUCCACCAUAAUUUGCAAAUAAAUUCAUUAAAAAUCCUGCAAUGUGAUUUUCUGGAUUUUUUUUCCUCAAUUUGUCUGUCAUAGUUGACGUGUACCUAUGAUGAAAAUUACAGGCCUCUCUCAUCUUUUUAAGUGGGAGAACUUGCACAAUUGGUGGCUGACUAAAUACUUUUUUUCCCCACUGUAAGUAUUUGAUCACCUACCAACCAGUAAGAAUUCCGGCUCUCACAGACCUGUUAGUUUUUCUUUAAGAAGCCCUCCUGUUCUCCACUCAUUACCUGUAUUAACUGCACCUGUUUGAACUCGUUACCUGUAUAAAAGACACCUGUCCACACACUCAAUCAAACAGACUCCAAAUUCUCCACAAUGGCCAAGACCAGAGAGCUGUGAAAGGACAUCAGGGAUAAAAUUGUAGACCUGCACAAGGCUGGGAUCGGCUACAGGACAAUAGGCAAGCAGCUUGGUAAGAAGGCAACAACUGUUGGCGCAAUUAUUAGAAAAUGGAAGAAGUUCAAGAUGACGGUCAAUCACCCUCGGUCUGGGGCUCCAUGCAAGAUCUCACCUCGUGGGGCAUCAAUGAUCAUGAGGAAGGUGAGGGAUCAGCCCAGAACUACACGGCAGGACCUGGUCAAUGACCUGAAAAGAGCUGGGACCACAGUCUCAAAGAAAACCAUUAGUAACACACUACGCCGUCAUGGAUUAAAAUCCUGCAGCGCACGCAAGGUCCCCCUGCUCAAGCCAGCGCAUGUCCAGGCCUGUCUGAAGUUUGCCAAUGACCAUCUGGAUGAUCCAGAGGAGGAAUGGGAGAAGGUCAUGUGGUCUGAUGAGACAAAAAUAUAGCUUUUUGGUCUAAACUCUACUCGCCGUGUUUGGAGGAAGAAGAAGGAUGAGUACCACUCCAAGAACACCAUCCCAACCGUGAAGCAUGGAGGUGGAAACAUCAUUCUUUGGGGAUGCUUUUCUGCAAAGGGGACAGGACGACUGCACCGUAUUGAGGGGAGGAUGGACAACGACCCGAAACACACAGCCAGGGCAACUAAGGAGUGGCUCCGUAAGAAGCAUCUCAAGGUCCUGGAGUGGCCUAGCCAGUCUCCAGACCUGAAUCCAAUAGAACAUCUUUGGAGGGAGCUGAAAGUCCGUAUUGCCCAGCGACAGCCCCGAAACCUGAAGGAUCUGGAGAAGGUCUGUAUGGAGGAGUGGGCCAAAAUCCCUGCUGCAGUGUGUGCAAACCUGGUCAAGACCUACAGGAAACGUAUGAUCUCUGUAAUUGCAAACAAAGGUUUCUGUACCAAAUAUUAAGUUCUGCUUUUCUGAUGUAUCAAAUACUUAUGUCAUGCAAUAAAAUGCAAAUUAAUUACUUAAAAAUCAUACAAUGUGAUUUUCUGGAUUUUUGUUUUAAUUUAGAUUCCGUCUCUCACAGUUGAAGUGUACCUAUGAUAAAAAUUACAGACCUCUACAUGCUUUGUAAGUAGGAAAACCUGCAAAAUCGGCAGUGUAUCAAAUACUUGUUCUCCCCACUGUAUAUACAGUAGCUCACAAAAGUGAGUAUACCCGUCACUUUUUUGUAAAUAUUUGAGUAUAUCUUUUCAUGUGACAACACUGAAGAAAUGACACUUUGCUACAAUGUAAAGUAGUGAGUGUACAGCUUGUAUAACAGUGUAAAUUUGCUGUCCCCUCAAAAUAACACAACACACAUUCAUUAAUGUCUAAACCGCUGGCAACAAAAGUGAGUACACCCCUAAGUGAAAAUGUCCAAAUUGGGCCCAAAGUGUCAAUAUUUUGUGUGGCCACCAUCAUUUUCCAGCACUGCCUUAACCCUCUUGGGCAUGGAGUUCACCAGAGCUUCACAGGUUGCCACUGGAGUCCUCUUCCACUCCUCCAUGACGACAUCACGGAGCUGGUGGAUGUUAGAGACCUUGCACUCCUCCACCUAAACCAGACCUAAACCCUCUUGAUGCCCCAUAGAUGCUCAAGAGGGUUUAGGUCUGGAGACAUGCUUGACCAGUCCAUCACCUUUACCCUCAGCUUCUUUAGCAAGGCAGUGGUCGUCUUGGAGGUGUGUUUGGGGUCGUUAUCAUGUUGGAAUACUGCCCUGCGGCCCAGUCUCCGAAGGGAGGGGAUCAUGCUCUGCUUCAGUAUGUCACAGUACAUGUUGGCAUUCAUGGUUCCCUCAAUGAACUGUAGCUCCCCAGUGCCGGCAGCACUCAUGCAGCCCCAGACCAUGACACUCCCACCACCAUGCUUGACUGUAGGCAAGACACACUUGUCUUUGUACUCCUCACCUGGUUGCCGCCACACACGCUUGACACCAUCUGAACCAAAUAAGUUUAUCUUGGUCUCAUCAGACUACAGGACAUGGUUCCAGUAAUCCAUGUCCUUAGUCUGCUUGUCUUCAGCAAACUGUUUGCGGGCUUUCUUGUGCAUCAUCUUUAGAAGAGGCUUCCUUCUGGGACGACAGCCAUGCAGACCAAUUUGAUGCAGUGUGCGGCAUAUGGUCUGAGCACUGACAGGCUGACCCCCCAUCCCUUCAACCUCUGCGGCAAUGCAGGCAGCACUCAUACGUCUAUUUCCCAAAGACAACCUCUGGAUAUGACGCUGAGCACGUGCACUCAACUUCUUUGAGGCGAGGCCUGUUCUGAGUGGAACCUGUCCUGUUAAACCGCUGUAUGGUCUUGGCCACCGUGCUGCAGCUUAGUUUCAGGGUCUUGGCAAUCUUCUUAUAGCCCAGGCCAUCUUUAUGUAGAGCAACAAUUCUUUUUUUCAGAUCCUCAGAGAGUUCUUUGCCAUGAGGUGCCAUGUUGAACUUCCAGUGACCAGUAUGAGGGAGUGUGAGAGCGAUGACACCAAAUUUAACACACCUGCUCCCAUUCACACCAGAGACCUUGUAACACUAACGAGUCAUAUGACACCGGGGAGGGAAAAUGGCUAAUUGGGCCCAAUUUGGACAUUUUCACUUAGGUGUGUACUCACUUUUGUUGCCAGCGGUUUAGACAUGAAUGGCUGUGUGUUGAGUUAUUUUGAGGGGACAGCAUAUUUACACUGUUAUACAAGCUGUACACUCACUACUUUACAUUGUAGCAAAGUGUCAUUUCUUCAGUUUUGUCACAUGAAAAGAUAUACUCAAAUAUUUACAAAAAUUUGAUGGGUGUACUCACUUUUGUGACAUACUGUGUGUAUAUAUAUAUAUAUAUAUAUGUAUGUAUGUAUGUAUGUAUGUAUGUAUGUAUAUAUAUAUAUAUAUAUAUAUAUAUAUAUAUAUAUAUAUAUAUAUAUAUAUUUGCGAGAGAAAAAAACAUAUGGGGGAUUGGAAGUGAAGCAGACAAUUACAUUGAUGGAAGUUACAAUCUAUCUGAAAUAUUAAAGCUGAUCUACCCCCUAAGAAGAAAAAAAAUAUAUAUAUAUAUAUAUAUAUAAUAAUAAUAAAAAAUGUGUGUAUGUAAACUUCUGACCCACUGGAAUUGUGAUACAGUGAAUUAUAAGUGAAAUAAUCUGUCUUUAAACAAUUGUUGGAAAAAUUACUUGUGUCAUGCACAAAGUAGAUGUCCUAACCGACUUGCCAAAACUAUAGUUAGUUAACAAGACAUUUGUGGAGUGGUUGAAAAACGAGUUUUAAUUGACUCCAACCUAAGUGUAUGUAAACUUCAGACUUCAACUGUAUCUGUCAGUCUGUCUCUGUAUGUCUGCUCGCGCUGUCUGCUCUGCUAUGCUUCACUCAUCUGCUCCAGGCUGAUAACAGGGGAGGGAAGCUGUCAGGAGAACCAUGCGGUCACUGUCUUUGAAACCUUUUAUCAGGACAGGAACCCCCCUCUCCUCUCCCUAGAAAAGGGUGUGCUAUAGGAUCCCAUUGAGAACGGUCUCAGCGGUGACUCAACUUUGAAGGGAUGAAGGGGCAACAGCAGCUCAGAAGAUACCUCUGUUUAAAAACAUUUGAAUAUUUGACUGGAUAUUUCAUAUCUUUAGUCGUUUAUGGUGCAAUUAUGACUUGCUUUAAAUGGUAAGUGAUGUACAGUCUUCAGUCUCAGAUUAUAAACUUUUAGGAUAAUUAGUAGAGCAAAUGUGCCAUCUAGUGUUCUGGAAGGGAAUUGCACACUUUGAAAUUAUUACCUCUUUUUGCCAACUAGUAGAUACAUUUACAAUGUAAUGUGGUCAAGGGUAACAAUUAUAAGCUAAUGCUUCAAAUAACACACUUCCUAUGAAGGAUUAAGUACAGAUAAUGUAUCAUGAUUUGAUCAUAUAUCCUAAAAACAUGUGUAGACAGACAUCCUGCCUAAAUUCCCUGUCUUCACCUGUACAGGUGAUGAGCUCGACAAAUGGAGAGCUGAACACUGACGACCCGACGGCAGGACACUCCAACGCUCCCAUCACUGCUCCCACUGAGGUGGAGGUGGCUGAUGAUACAAAGUAA